AAGAGCAAAAAAACGAAAAAGCCCAAAAGUGAAAAGUAAAAUUCCGCCAUUGUUGCAGCGGAUUAUUUGCUGGCGUGUUUUUCAGCGUAAUUUUUAGCGAGUGGAAAACGAUUACAAUAAGAUUGUAUAGUGCAAGAUGGGUGUUCCAAAGUUUUUUCGCUACAUUAGCGAACGGUAUCCGUGUUUGAGCGAGUUAUUACGGGAGAACCAGGUACCGGAGUUCGACAAUCUGUACCUCGAUAUGAACGGCAUCAUCCACAACUGUUCGCACCCGAACGAUGCGGACGUUACGUACCGGAUAUCGGAGGAAAUGAUAUUCGAGGGUAUCUUCCACUACGUCGAGUACCUGUUCAAGAUGAUUCGCCCACAGAAGGUAUUCUUCAUCGCCGUGGACGGAGUGGCACCGCGCGCCAAAAUGAAUCAACAGCGGGGACGCCGCUUCCGGUCCGCGCACGAAGCGGGAGAGCAGCUGAAGGCAGCGAUUGCCAAGGGUGAAACGAUCCCCGAUGAGGAUCGCUUCGAUAGCAACUGCAUCACACCCGGGACGGCCUUCAUGGUGCGCUUACAGAAAGCCCUGGAACACUUUAUCCAAGUGAAAAUAGCGACCGACGUUCUGUGGAAGGCUUGUACCGUUAUCUUGAGCGGGCACGAGACUCCCGGCGAAGGGGAACAUAAGAUUAUGGAGUACAUUCGGCAUGCGAAGGCACAACCUGGCUUUAAUCCAAACACACGCCACUGCCUGUACGGAUUAGAUGCCGAUCUGAUCAUGCUCGGGCUGUGCACGCACGAACGAUUCUUCUCGUUGCUGCGCGAGGAGGUGAAGUUUGGAAAGAACGACAAAAAGGCGACUGUGAUGAAGGAAAUUCGCUUCUACCUGCUGCACCUGACACUGCUGAGCGAGUAUCUGGAACUGGAGUUUGCCAGCGUACGCAGUAAGCUGCGUUUUCCGUUCGACAUACACAAACUGAUCGAUGACUGGGUGCUUAUGAUCUAUCUGGUGGGAAAUGACUUUAUUCCGCACCUACCGAACUUACACAUUAACGAGAACGCACUGCCCACGCUGUACAGUGCGUACAUGGACGUGCUGCCCGAGAUGGACGGGUACAUUAACGAGGGUGGUAUCUUGAACUUGCCCCGACUGCAGCUACUGAUGCGACGGUUGGCCGUCUUCGAUCGGGACACGUUUCUCGAGCACUAUACCGAUCUCAAGUAUCUGGAGUCCAAAUGUGGCAAAAACAAUUUGGAAGCAUUCGAUGUGUCGGCUGAGGAGAUUAUUAGUUCGAGUAAAGCUAAUGACGAUCUGAUGGCACUGAUCAUGUCGUCCAAAAUGCUAGAUUCCGGAGAUGAAGAUGAAGAAUCGCAAAUCUCUGUCGGUGAUAUUGAAAACGAUCCGGUGCUGUUUGAAAAGGAGUUUCAAAGCUACAAACGGAACUAUUACAUGUCCAAGAUGGGUUAUGCUGAAUUUAACGAAGACGUACGUGCCGAACAGGCGGAGUGUUACAUACGGGCGCUCCAGUGGACGCUACACUACUACUAUCGAGGUGUAGUGUCAUGGUCCUGGUACUAUCCGUACCAUUAUGCACCGUUUAUUAGCGAUGUGGACCAUUUCGAUCAUCUGAAGCUGGAGUUCGAUAUGGCGCGUCCGUUUCUCCCGUUUCAGCAGCUGCUUAGUGUGCUGCCGGCGGCCAGCAAAAGCCACCUUCCGGCGGCCUACCACCAGCUGAUGAUCGAUCCGAACAGCCCGGUCUACGAUUUCUAUCCACCCGAGUUCAGCACGGAUCUGAACGGAAAGCAGCAAUCGUGGGAAGCGGUCGUACUGAUCCCGUUCAUUGACGAGCGACGAUUGCUGAAAGCGAUGACAGCCUGCGAUGAGUAUCUAACUGACGAGGAGAAGCAGCGAAAUAUUCACGGACCAAUGAUCCAGUAUCGGUACGAUGCGAAUCAGCAGGAACCGCUGGAGGCCAAGUAUGGUUUCGAUCGGAUUGACAUACUGCCGGUGAAGCGCACUGAAAUCUUUCGUGACGAUCUGCACGUGGCAGAGAGCAAGCUCGUACUCGGUCCUUCCAAGGGCUCGAUCCAGGAAGGUUAUGCUACCGGUUUUCCAACGUUUAAACAUCUACCCUAUCAUGGCAAACUGAAAGAUAUGCGCGUGAAAGUGUUUAAUUUUCCAAGCAAAAAUGACAGCAUGGUCGUGUGCUUGGACGACGGCUGCAAAGGGCAACCGGAUACGGCCACACUGGCGAGCGAAUUGUUGGACAAGAUCGUUUACGUAAGCUGGCCCCAUUUGAUGGAAGCUAAGGUUGACAGCGUUUCCGACAAAAAUCAACUAUUCAAGCGGAUUAACGAGGCUGAGAAAGUUGACGAACGGAUGUUCAACAUUUGGUGCAGGUCCAUCAAUGAGCACAAUGAAACCCGGCUUGCGCUAAGUGUUGGACCAAUCCACCAGCUGGUGCAUGUGCGAACGUGCGUUGGCACGGAAUACGUCCUGAAGGGUGAUGGAUUUGUUUUGAAGCGGUUGUGGAACAACGUCGCUAUGCCUUACCCGGCUCAGUGUAUUGUGCGGGAAGUGAAGGAUGUGAUGAAACAGCAAGAAGCAUACCUUAGGAUGGAGCAAAUGUUUCCACUGCAGAGUACAAUCUUUUUGCGCGCCACCGACUGCUACGGUUGCAUGGGCGAGGUGGUAGACAUUUCGGAUAACCGUAUCCAAGGCAAGUUCUUGGUUUACGAAGAGCCGGAGGUGCGGGAAGUUUUCCAGAUGCACAAACAAUCACUCCAAAACUAUCGCACGGCCAAUGAUACUGCUGCCCUGCUCGGCAUUUCUGUCAGUGUACUGCUGCAGCUUACUGGCACGAUUCUCGUAGCACACGGUGGUCACCGGUCGCUGAAUGUAGAGAACGAGAAAACGGUUAACAUUGGUCUGAGGUUGCGCAUGAUGGCGAAGAACGAAGCGGCGGUGGGAUUCUGUCGCCGGCUGCACAACCGCACAUGGGUGUUCUCCGAUCGCACAGUAAGCCUCCUGCAGCGGUACGACCAACAGGCGCCCAGUCUAUUUGAGAAGCUUGAAACAGUCAACAACAAAGUUCACUUUGAGACUGAUCUGUUCGGCGAGGGUAACGAGGGCAAGCUGGACGAAUUGCACAAAUGGCUCAAGGAACAGGAGCACAACGAUGCCGAGCGGCGCAGCUGUAGCAUUGAGCUGCUGGAACGAAACGCAGUCGAGCGUUUGGUGACGCUGGUCACUGAACAUAACGAUAACCAGACGCCUAGAGUGCGAACCAUGCUAGUUCCGCCCCGGGAUCUGUUGCGACCGGGCAUGAAGAAGGCAAAAAUACUCGAUCCGAAUGCACACUUUGAGCUGCUGGAUCGAGUGGUAGUUGCUUCGGAGGCGGAAGAUGCUCCCCUCGGACGGCGCGGCACUAUUAUUGGUAUUCACAAGGUGACCGAUCCAAACCCCGUGCGCCGUGAAGCGAUCGGCCAGGAGGACAGCUACUACGAAGUUCUGUUCGAUAAACCCUUCCCAAAAGGCGUCAGUGUGUACGGACUUCCCGGAACGGCGAAACGGGUACAGCGGAUGGCGCAAGGUACGUUGUUGAACAUUUCCUACGGCCGUGCUUUGAAUGGAUAUCAACGGGGAGAAGGAAAGCAGCCGUCGGCAGCGAAUGUAGGAACAGCGGGUAACGGGCCUUUCGUGGCGGGUAACAACCAGAACGGACCACCGUCUUCGAUCCAGCACCGUGUAAAUGAACGGAUCGGUAAACGAAAUGGUACCAGGAAGGUAUCGAAUGAAAAGGCAUCCCAGCAGGAGAAUCGUCCUAGUGAACCGUCCACAACCGGAACAGUAGCUACGCAGCAAUCGCCGCAACAACGACCGAUGGAAAAACAAGUUGCCAUCCUUACGGCAUCGAACAAUGUUCCUUCCGCCGAAGUUCAGCAACAGCAGAGGAAAAAUGAGUUCGAGCGGUUCUGGAAGAAGCUGAAAGAAUCGACCAACGACAGUGCGUUCGAUGAGAACGACAUUAAGCACAUUGCCCAGGUGAUGUCGAACAGAUCGCUACAGCCUGAAUCGAUCGCUGACCGUCUUUCAUCGGGCAAAAGCGAGAAACCUCAAUCGGCGACGACGGCAGUUAAAUCUGAUGGAGAUCAAAUGACGGGAAUGUUGAAAAAAAUGCUCCGCAUCAAUGAUGGACGGGAGGAAGGGAGGAGCCAGCAAACAGGAGAUGGUUCGCCACUUGUGCAACCUCCGCUGGCCAGUCUACCGAAGCCACCGCUGCAGUGGCGUAACAAGGACAAGGAGACCGGCGGUAUCAAGUAUGAACAACGGUAUCAAGCAUCUCAACGACCUGGCGGUGUCAACACCGGUGGAAGUAUCUCCAAUCCCAAUGUGAGACCUCAAAUGACUGCUCCUGUACAUCCAAGGCAAUUCAACAUGCAGACAAUGUUCAUGCGCCCUCCAAACUUCCCCCUACAACAACAACAACAACAACAACAACAACAACAACAGUUCUAUGGGCAUCCCAAAAUGCAGCAACAACCAUUCUUCAUCCAGCGUGCGCCCGAUGCCGCGAUGGUUCAUGGCCGGGGUGGUGUUCAAACGAACAAUUAUGGACAACCACCUCCACGCAGGCCCAUUUGGCAGUCAGUACCACCACCAUUACAGACACUACCGCCGCACAUAGCGAUCGACAGUAAGCCAAUCUCCGCACUGUUCGGUGGAGCACCGGUCGCACCCAUGAUGCAAUCGUACCCGAACCGAGGGCCAAUCGGUCCCCAAAAUCUGAGCUACAAUCGAAACAAUCCGGCAGGGAAUGGAGCCUUCGUGCCACUGCAAGCAAUGAAGAAGAAUGCGAAAAUACGAGCUGCCACGGCGACGGCAACGAACAACGGCAACAAUUCGAAUCCCGGGACCGUACAGGAAGCAUGGAGUGAAACCACGAAAACAUCGGCUCCGGCUGCUGCACCGGGUAAACGAAAGUCGAACCCAAAAACUACCGUUGGUGCACCAACGGGCACGGUUGCAGUAGGCAGCGAUGCUAACGAACGAAAUGCGAAUCGCAAAGGAGGGCGAGUGAAAGAGGUGGCACAACCAGCGAAUUCGGAUGGUAGCAUGACCGUUGAACAGCCUACCAACGUAUCUGGGACGGAUUCAAAGGCUACACCGCAGCAAGCAACAAAAGACGGGCCGCCACAGCAGCAGCCAGCGCCACUCGAUGAGAAGCACAAAGCGUUAAGCCAAGAACAACCCGUAGCCACAAAUGGUAAUACAGUGAUGAAAAAGAGUAAGAAACGCAUAGCGGCACGGUUUGGAUCUGCACCGGUUGGCUAAACAGCUGUGAAGAAAAACCAAUGUUAAGGGCGACAUUAGUUGGCCAAUGACUGCCAAUAGAAUGUUAUCCUUUAAUAAUGUGUGGUUCGAGGGAGUUUUAAUUCAUCGAUUUAGCGAUUAACUCAUUAGAUUGUUUUAACGAUACUUGUGCGGCUUACCGAAUGUUGCCGACCCCAUUAAUAAUUCUCCGAUAUUUGUCUCGUUUGUUCCCGUGUUAGCUGGGAUAUGAUUUUACUGUAACUCUUAUCGUAUCGUAUCAUCUUUUAAAGACAAAGUGACCUGUAGCUAUGAAAAAUUUAGAGACUGGUUCAUUUAACUACUUUUUCCUCUUUAAUACAUCUUUAAUAUUGUGAAAGUCUUUAGUCCUUUCUAGACAUAAAAUCCUUUUAUUCAUCUAUUUUCUAACCACUGUAAAAUAAAUAAUUAUGUGAUAAGUUUAA